AUGGUUUUGCCAGAGCUGAUUGAUUCAAAAGCGGAUAAGGUUAGGAAGGGAACCAAUGGAACAUUGAGUUGUUCCUUCAAGGCUCAUCCUCCAGCCAAAGUGAUAUGGUUCAGAGACAAUGUCAUUCUCCCCAGGGAUUCAAGGUUCAAAGUGGAGACGAAGGCAAGUGCAGAUGAGUCUGUGACAGUUCACCAGUUGAUGGUUCUCCAAGCAGAAUCGCAUGACAAUGGCACAUACAAAUGUGAGGCUUCUAAUCCCCAUGGCAGAGCAGAGAGUUUUGUGGCUCUCAUUGUUCAAGAAAGGCCAAAAGUCACUCUGGAUGUGGUGAAAGGAGUGGGAAAAGGGAAAUUGUUCGUGAAUUGGACAGUAUCUGAUGGGAAUGCUCCUUUAUAUAAAUAUUAUGUUCAAUAUAUGAAAGAGGAAGGUAUGCCCUCAGGAUGGGUUGCCCUCAGGAAGACAGUGGCUUUGUCUGACCGCCAGAUUGUUCUCGUGGGUCUCGAACCAUCAACAGCCUACCGUGUGCGAGUACGGGGAAGGAAUGCCAUUGGCUUUGGGUCAAUCGAAGAGAGUGUUGGCAUCAGGACCUUGAACGAGGAUAUGUCAUUUGAGCCAGAAAUCACUCUCAUAGCCUGCACAUCACAAUCCUUGAGCAUGGCUUGGAAUCCUCCACCGAAAUCUAUCCAGGACUUAGUUCCGUAUUAUGAAUUGAAGGCCACUCCGUUUGGGACUCAUGACGGAGAUCCUCAUCGGGUGCAUGAGGCGAAGAGUAGGAAGGAGACCCAGCAUAUCUGGACACAUCUAAGUCCAGGCAUAUCAGUUCCAGAAUGUGGAAAAUCCCGGGAGGCUGUACCGUAUCACUUGACGACUGGAAAAGAAGCACCUGUCGGGGCAUGGCCAUGGCUGGUGGCUAUCUAUGACAACGAUACGGAGGUGAAAGAUAUCAUUUGUGGAGGGGCCUUGAUUGGAGAGCAAUGGGUUCUCACGGCGGCACAUUGCGUUGUACGGUAUGAACCCAUCUUUCAAGUCCGAAAUGCGAAGGACUUCCUCGUCUAUCUUGGCAAACAAUUUCGGAAUGAUUCCAAGGACAAUAGCUUUGUACAAAAGAGGAAGGUGCAGGAUCAGAUCGAUUUCUCGUUUCCUCCAUUUCCAAUCCCAGAUCAGGGAAAGUCAUGGUAUGUUGCUCAGAUCAUCCCGCACCAAAUGAACAAGCUUGACACGUUCAAUGCAGACAUUGCACUUUUGAAACUCGAGAAGCCUGCCAAGUUGACAAAAAUGGUUCAACUUGUCUGCCUCCCUACCGAAGCAUACCUGUCUCAGCGCAACAUAGCUCACGGAUCGGAUGGAUGGGUGGCAGGUUGGGGUUACGACGCCUCAAAUUCUCCAUCUAAAUUCCUGACUAACCUCAAACUAUCUGUCCAUUCUCAAGAAGGUUGUAUACGUCAUACAAUUACAGUCCAUGGAAAAAGUCCCACCAUCACCGACACUGUCUUCUGUGCUGGGCAACUGCAAGACCCUGAUACUUCGUUAGAAUAUGAAACGGUAUGCGAGGGAGAUUCUGGGAGUCCCAUGGUCUUCCUCACCCAUUCCAGAGAGCACAGAAGUCCCUUUCUGAUCGAGGGAAUAUUGAGUCACUACUAUAGACUCCACUACCAGAAAUGUUCCGACAUGCAACCUGGCCAGUUCGCCAUCUUCACCAAGGUCCACCGUGGAGCCAAAGCGCAUAAGUUUUUUGACGACAUGAAGAGAAACCUUGGGGAUGAUUCGCCAUCAAUAUCAACCGUUUUCCGAUGGUUCCAGCGAUUCGCGAGUGGACAUUUUGAGCUUCAUGAUGAGGCUCGUUUAGGACGCCCCAGAACCUCAACUGACGACAGAAACGUUGCUCGUGUGGCGGCAGAAGUGGCAGGAGAUGGUCGUUUGACAGUUGAGAAGCUAGAAGAGACGUUGGGGAUCCCAUUAACACCGUUAGGAAGGGAAGAGAAAGGUGGGGAAAAUAUUAGAGUAGAAAAGGAUGAGAUUCCUGCAACUCUCUUUUCAACACCUCAGGAGGAGUAA